CAGAGUGAGGUGAGUCUAAGAUAAGGGAAGGGAAAAUAUAGUUUUGAGGUUCCCCGGGCCCUGGAGGACCUCUCUGUCCAGCCUCUGUCUUUGCUCCCCAAAGAAGUAUAAACCAUCCUCUUCCACCCCUACUUCCCAGCAUGGCCACCUCAGGCCCUCCUCUCCACCUGUGCUUCUGCUUCCCACCCCUACAAAUCCCAGGAAUCCUCUGGAAACCCGGUUGGUUUCAGUUUCCACACACUGGUCAGUGCAUCUGGCUCUGGGUGAAGUCAGCAGCCCCCUCUUUGCCCUCAAACAGGAACCAGUGGUUGUAGGACAGGAAGUGUCUUAGGGGAAGUUAUGGGCCCCAGACACUUCUCCAUGCCCCACUUUAGCCCCAGCAAUAUCUGCUCAAGGGAAGCGGCUCUCCACACCAGCCAAGGAGGGGCCCCCCUUUUCCUGAGUUGCUCUGCCAGGUGGUGCUGGACACCGCCCUCCCUAUUUUCCUGCCAGGCCUCGGCUCCUCCCUCAGCCCCCUCAUCAGAACCUAGAGCUACCUGGUGCUGGAAAGGCUGCUAUGAACCAGCUCGUCAGCUUAGGGUAGGGGAAAGGUGGUAGGCUCUGGAGCUGGACAGACCUGGCCUUGAACCCCAACUCUGCCUCUUCUGGGCUGGAUGUCCUUGUCAGGAUCCAGCCUUGAGUCUCAGGUCCUUCACCAGGGAAAUGGGCACCAUAGUACCCUACAUUGUUAUGCGGAUUAGCAGUGACAAACAGAAAGUGCCCCGUUCAGGGUUAAUACAGAGCUAAGGCUCCUCAGCCUGGGAAACUAUUGUAACAGAGACACCGGAGUUUACGUAUGAGGAACUUGGGGCACGUGAUUCACCCCAGGCCAUUUAGCCUGGAAGAGCUGUGCUAGGUUUCCCAGUGUACAGGUCAGUCUUCAGUCCUGAAAGCAUGGGGAAUACGCAAUGCCUUUGUGAAAAAUUGGAUUUUUACCAAUAUGGGGGUUUAGGGCUGGGGGCGCUCCUGCUCCUGCUUGUGGCCGUUCUGUCCAUCUGCCUGUAUCGGCUCUACAGGAGAGUGAAGAGGCUGGAGAGAAGCUGGGUCCAAGCCUCAAAAGAGGAGCUCCACUAUGCGUCCUUGCUGAGGCUGCCUGAACGGGAGGGACCUGACAUCCGAGAAAGGGAAGGCAACAAGGAGGACCCCAGCGGGGACUAUGCCUGCAUUGCCAAGAACAAACCCACCUGAAUACCUGCAGAUGCCUCCCCCAACCCAGGGCCAUCCUGUGGUUCACCCAGUAAAGACCAUGGUCUCACCA